AUGAUCGGUGGAAAGUCGUUGUUCUUUGUGGGGCUGCUGAUGAUCGUCAGCCUCCGCAGCACGAUCGCCCAGACGGUGAACUCUACACGGGUAGCCGCCCCGAACGUGACCGAUGUGACGACGACACAGAUACCACCCCAGGUCGCCACCUCGACGGAGCAAUCACUGGCCCGGCGAGUUCUGAGCGCUCUGUGGCUCGAGAUUACGAGACGCCGGACCGAGCGGACCCAGCGCCAGCAGGAACGUCGCGAGGAGAUACUGCGCGACCUGGACGAUCUGGGUGACCGGAAGCGAGAGUUUGAGUUGCGCCGCCAGGAAUCGCAACGGGAUGCGCAGACCGAACAGGACGCCCGGCGGCAGGAGAUGCUAUCACGGCGGGCCGGGCGGUUACCUCAGCGCGAACGUGAGCGCUACAAUCGGCUGCGCUUGGAGAAGCUGAGCCGGCAGGCGCCGCCACCGGUCGAGGAGAACGAAAUCGACGACUCAGUUCCGCUGCUGGAUGAGGUGGUCGAACAGCAGGAACUGGGUGGCGGUGGUGGGCAGCGUGUACGGAACUUGCUGCUGAUCGAAGAGGGGACCGGUAACGUGAGACUAAUCGACUUGGACACCGAAGAAGGCCGAAAGCUGGUGGCCGAGAAGCGGGCUGGCGAAGCGGAGGUCAGCGCGGACACGGCCAGCAAAGCCGCCCAGAACUAG